AUGGCGGAGGCGCUAGUUGGAAAAUGGAACUUUCUGUCAGGGGACAACGUAGACGCCUACAUGGACGCAUUAGGUGUGUCGGAGCAGCUGCGGGAACUAGCACGAAACAUUAAGCCGACCAUCGAGAUAUCCAAAGAUGGUGACACCUGGACGAUUAAAACUAUAGCUGGAGACAAGACGGCAGAGACAAAGUUUACCGGGGAGCAAGAAGUGGACACAGUCAGUCUCAUCGGACAACAGGUCAAGGCCAAGUUGAAAAUAGACGGGAAUAAAAUGAUUGAAACCCAGAAAGUUGGGGAUCUGGAGAUUGUGAUUGAAAGAACUGUCAUAGAUGGAAUCUAUACUGCGAAAAUGCGAACCAAGGGAGUCGAGGCUGUACUGCAGUUCAUAAAGGCUUAG